AUGGAUGGUAUACUCGAGAAGCAUCACGGACUCAUCGCCAGCGUAACGAGGCUCUACGCGCUAUUGAUUCAGAUGCGGUAUCUCUCGCCUGCCGACGUAUCCUACCCACCACAUACCUCGCCGCCGGUCAGCGUCCCCCUGUUACAAACGAUAGGCUUUGAUGACGAGGUCAUCGAGUUGAUCCAAGUACUCCCUGCUAUCAAGCCUGCAGUGACCUGGGGAUGGCACAUGAAGGCGGCGCAGAUAGUCCCUCGGUCAAUUGCAGUCAGCUAUCUUGACCCAAGCGGCGGGCAUGUGGAUGAAGGCUUGUUUGACUUUAUUCGGAGUGGUGGCUUUGACAAUCAGCAUUAUGCCGAGGCGAACGCGACCCUGUUGCCGCCCUGGAUGUUUAGGCUGACGGUUGCAGGAAACGUUCCACCUGGACUCGACCUGAUAUACAAUGUACAGUACAGAUCGAUUACGGAAUGGACUCAAAUUGCAACGAGAUCAUGGCAGGAGUGCCCCGGUCGUCCAGCUGAAACAGUCAUGGAUGAGAUAGCAGGGAAGCUCAAAACCUUAGAAUGGGUUCCUUACUAUGAUCCAACCGAUGACGGAUAUGCAGAGCCUGCGAGCAGGGAGAUAGUGGACAGCCCGCUCAUCAUGGAAAACUUUCGGCCUCUCGGUUUCAGCGGCAGCCCAGUACCGCUGCCACUAGACGAUCACGAGGCCGCUUUGGCUAAGACGCAAGAGGUCAUUGGAUCGGGGGGCGUGGACGGGAUCAGGGAAAGGCUGAACCGCUGGAUAGCACUGCAGAAGCUCUACCGCGACUGCGGAUGGGGCUCGGGGGACGAUGACGACGCUUUCGAUGGGGACGAGUUCGAGGCACGGAGGCUGGACCUGAUCACGACGGCAAAGACACUCGAUGACGAUAAGACCAGGACCGCCGCAGCAGGCCCUUCGAGAGAAGCUAUGGCGGCUUUGAUGAGAGACAACCCUGUGAUGGCGCAACACAUCAUGCAGGAGCUCCACGGAGACACAUCACAUCUGAUGUCGGAAGCGCAAUGCGAUGCCAAGGAAGAAACUGAGCAGAGGGUGCGAGAUUUCUGGAAACAAAGGGCUGGAGAUCAGGCUGUGUGA